AUGAGCAAUUCCCCAAGCCAGAUUACGAUAGAAACGCGCUUGGAAUCGUUUUCUUACGGAUCGGACAAGAAACAAGUCAUUGACAUAAUCCAGCCGGCUUCUACUGCUCCUACUUCCAAUUUGAAAGUUAAUUCGUCAUUGAUUGUCUUUGUACACGGCGGAGCCUGGGGAUCUGGUUUUCCGGCUUUGUACCGGUUAAUUGCUCGUCCAUUUGUUCAAACUGAUCGGGCGGUCGCGGUUGUUGGCUAUCGCACCUACCCAACGACGGAUGUGGAUGGCCAAGUCCUGGACGUGCGAAAUGCCUUGCGGGCGCUCCAACAACGGUAUACCCAAUACGACGACAUAACUCUGAUUGGACAUUCUUCGGGAGCCCAUAUUUCGCUACUCGGAUUGCUGAAUAGUACCAAUCCAAUGGACGUCGACAUCGAUCGCUGGAUUGGGAUAUCGGGAGUGUACGACUUGGCCUCGCACUACCGCUUCGAAGCGGGACGAGGGGUGGAGCGUAUUUCUCCCUUGGCACCAGCCGGUGGUGGUAGCUUGACCCGGUGGCGGCGUUUGUCGCCGACGUAUCAGAUCUUACAGCAACGGUCACAUACUACCGCAGGGGAAGAAUUUCUAUAUACGACGUUACCGCCACUGUUGAUCUUACACGGAGCGAAAGAUACCACCGUACCGUAUACAUCUUCCUUGAGGCUUUACGAAGCACUCCAACAAGCUACAAACCAAAGCCGCUUGGAGCGGAGGCUAUCGAUCUUGCCUAUGGUGGAACACGCUGAAACUGUGCUACAUUUGAUGUUUGGUGGUGCCACCAGUGACCUUGUUCUCAAGUGGAUCGAGCAACCAAUCAUGUGGUGCGCUAGAGACCAGCAUGAGUCGUGA